AUGGUUGCAGCGAUUGACUGCGAACCGGCAGCAGCAGAGGGGAAGGCCUACAGCUCUGACGAAGAGAAGCUGGAGGCCCCUGUGGGCGACCUCGCCGGCAGCAGCGAGCAGGAGGAGGAGGGCUCUGGCGACAGUGAGGACAGCAUCCUGGACGGAGUGGCCGGCGGCCCGGGGCCGCUUCUGGGACCCAAGCCGCAGCUGAAGGAGGGCCUGGGGACUGGUGCCGAGGAGGGUCCGCCCGGGGCGGGGGCCACAACGCCCGGUGGCAAGAGCCGGCGGCGGCGCACCGCCUUUACCAGUGAGCAGCUCCUGGAACUGGAGAAGGAGUUUCACUGCAAGAAGUACCUCUCUCUGACGGAGCGUUCGCAGAUCGCUCACGCCCUCAAGCUCAGCGAGGUGCAGGUCAAGAUCUGGUUCCAGAACCGCCGGGCCAAGUGGAAGCGCAUCAAAGCCGGCAACAUCAGCAGCCGCUCUGGGGAGCCCGUGCGGAACCCCAAGAUCGUGGUGCCCAUCCCCGUGCACGUCAACAGGUUCGCUGUGCGCAGCCAGCACCAGCAGAUGGAGCAGGGGGCCCGGCCCUGA